AUACAAGGCUAGUUGAUGACAUUGCUGCACACAGUGACUUUUUUUCGAUUGGGCAUCUUAAGCGCGAACGUCAUUCAGAUAAUCAUUUCAGUUCAGAGCAAGGAUGGUUGUGCUGUCUAAAGAAUAUGGGUUUGUGGUUCUCACUGGUGUGGCCAGCAUGGUAAUGAUCGGCCACCUCGCAGUGAAAGUUGGAAAAGCCCGAAAGAAGUACAAGGUCAAUUACCCUCAGAUGUACAGCGAUGACCCAGAAAUCGGAAAUAUCUUUAAUUGCAUCCAGAGGGCCCAUCAGAACACCUUGGAGAUUUACCCUGCUUUCCUCUUCUGUCUGGCCAUUGGUGGCCUGCAUAGUCCUCGCCUCGUCAGUGGUCUUGGAAUGACGUGGGUCAUAAGCAGGGAAAUCUAUGCAUAUGGCUACUCCACUGGAGAUCCUAAGAAAAGGAUGCGCGGGUCGUUUGGGAACGUUGCUCUGCUGGGGAUGAUACUGACCGUGGCCAACUUUGGCAGAACCCUGUUGGGCUGUGGUGAAUGGGUGAGACCUGGGAUGAAGUUCUCAGCUCCCCUGCCCCCUGCCAUUCCCCAGUGAGAGGUACUGGACCCCCACCUCAUCCACACUGUAAUAGUGGCAGAGUGUCCCUUAUGGGCACCCGUACUUGUGUAUGGUAUACAAAGACAGACAGGAUACAGUAAACAUGUUCAAAUAGAUGGCCAGCAGUGUUUGUGCCUCAUUCCUAAACUAUAGCCACCCCUUCCUGGCCCAUGAGCCCCUACGGAUCACUGAUGGCCCCAGAGAAGCUUCCAGCAAUGGACAACUGGAAGUUUCCGCUUUUCCACGUUGAUUAACACACUCUUUGUGAGAGUGUGAUUUGUUUAUAUUUUUAUGCAUGCACUUUCCAAAACUGAAAUCAUAAUGUAUAAAAGGACCAUCGAAUAAGGUGCUUGAAAUAAAUAUGAAUGU